AUGAAGGGCUCUCCCACCUCCCCUCUAGCUGGCUGUCUCCUCCCUCUGCUCCUCCUUGCAUCUACUGGAGUCUCAGGAGAAGUGUCUUCGUUUGCUGUGAGGGGACCAGCUGAGCCCAUCACGGUCCUUCUUGGGACUGAUGCCUCCCUGCCCGCGUGCAAGCUGUCUCCUGCACAGAGUGCAUCCCACAUGUACAUCCGCUGGUACCGUGCCCAGCUCACCCCUGCUGUGCUGGUGUUCCAUGAUGGACAGGAGCAAGGAGAUAUGCAGAUGCAGGAGUACCAAGGCAGAACCCAGAUGGUGAGAGAUGCCAUCGCCAUGGGAAAUGUAGCUCUGCAGAUACAACAGGUCCAGGCUUCUGAUGAUGGCUUGUAUCACUGUCAAGUUACACAUGGCUUCACCUCCCAAGAGGCUGUCAUGGAGCUGCGUGUCAUAGGGUUAGGCUCUGUCCCUCUCGUUCACAUGACAGGGCCUGAGAACAAUGGGAUACAAGUGUCCUGUUCCUCAAGUGGCUGGUUCCCAAAACCCAGGGUACAGUGGAGAAACAAUGCUGGGAACACUCUACUGUCCUCCUUUGAGUCACAGACCCUAGACGGAGAUGGGCUGUUCCACGUGGUAGCGUCUCUUUUGGUCACAGAUAGAGCUGUGGGCAAUGUGACCUGCUCCAUCCAAAAUCCCCUCCAUGACCAGGAGAAAGUGAAGGCCAUCUUCCUCCCAGAGCCCUUCUUCCCCAGGACUUCUCCAUGGAACGUAGCUCUAUCAUGCCUGUUCUCCACACUACUGAUUCUGUUCAGUGGGAUUAGCCUGGCUGGCUGGAAAGAGCACCUAGCCAAAAGGCGAGAGAUGGAGAAAAAGUCAGAAGAACUGCUGGAAAUGCUUCAGACGAAGAAGGAAGUGAAAACCGCACUGAAGAAAAGAGAUGACCUCCAGGCUGAGCUGGAUCAGCGGAAGGCACUGUACAGAGAAGAUUGGAAGAAAGCCUUGCUGUACCCUGACUGGAGGAAGGAACUGUUCCAGCUGGCUCCUGUGACAAUAAAUCAUGAAGUACCUCAACAGGAUAAAUCUGACCCAAAGACAGAAGAGAGCAGCAGAGAGGAGACAGCACAUCCAUCCCUCAGCAACCCACAAGUAGCCCACAACAUCAUCAUGCUGUACCAAGAAGGCUUCAUGCUGGAGAGAUACUACUGGGAGGUGGAUGUUGGGGACACUGAGGAAUGUGUUUAUGAGCUGACCACUCAGGAUGCACCAUCCAGAGACUCACUGAAGAAAUUCACAGUCCUGGAGAAGAAGGAAGAUAAAUACAGAGCUCUUAUCUUCUGUUCCCAAACCAUUUCUCUGGAAAAGCCUCUGCUGCUGGAGACUCGACCACUGAAGAUUGCAGUCUUCUUGGAUCAGGAGGACAAUGACCUUUCUUUCUAUAACAUGACUGAUGAGACCCACACCUUCUCCUUCACCCAGGCCAAGUUCUUGGGAUCACUCUAUCCUUACUUCACACGUAAUCCCAUGAACCUCUCACCACCACACACUCUCAAGUGAUGUGCACAAAGAACUCAGUGGGCGGGUACUGCGGUGUGUCACCUGUAAACUCCAGGACUCUGGUCCUCCUGGGCAGGCACAGGGACCUCUGGCUGGGAGGCCUCUUACCUGAGACUCCAUGAGCCUCUAUGGCCAGUUUCUGGACAUCAAGUUUCUGAGACUACUGGCAGAAAAGACAGUUCAUGUUGUUCAAGUUGUUAUGAUUGUUAAUAGUCUUCCUUUUUAUAUAAAUCUGUUUAAUCAUUCCUAAGAUAAAUGGAUCCAUGGCUUCCUGAAUCUGAUAACACAUUUGCUCCCUGCUUAUACAUUAUUAUUUUUAUUAUUUAGGACAACAUAGGGCCAUUCUCAUGCAAGUGCAUAAUGUACUCUGGGCAUAUUCCCCCAGUGCUAUUCUUGGUUUAAUCUAACAUACUAUAUACCAGCAAUGUGCUGGUUAAGUCUUUGUCAAUUUGACUCAAACAAGAGUCAUCUGGGAAAAGGAAUCCUCGGGUGAGGAACUGUCUCCAUCAGACUGGCCUGUAGG